UAAUUAAUAAAUUUCAAUAUGGAUAAUCCGAUUGCAAUGUUAAGAAGGGUCCUUGACCCUGAUCACGUGCCACAGAUCCCAGUGGACGCAUACCCAGAAGACCAAGAGUUGGUCAGGAUGUACCAGAAUGGAGACAUGUAUUAUUUUGAAAAUCUUAGGGAUACAGAUGACCAAACUUUUCGCCAAAACAUCGAGGAGCCGUACAAUAUUGGGCCAGAGAUGAUCUCUCAUUUCGAGACUGACCCAGAUCAUCUAGAAGGACCUGCUGACUACCCAGAAGUAUACCGUCACGACUGUAGUAAUACAAGAGUUAUUCAAGAGUACAAAGCCAUGACUGGAGAAAUGGGCAUGCGACUAGCAGAAGCCAUUGAUUCCCUCGAUAUAGUAGACUCUAAGUAUUCAGUCAAUACUUUCGGCUUCCUGAUGUACUAUCUCAGUAACUUCUUUGCCUAUAAACGGAGCCAAUUUGGUGAGAAAAUUUCACCCAAACUUUUCAACCAGAAAGAACUUGCUGAAAAAUUCAAGAAUUCUACUCAGAUUUUUAAGAAAGUGACUCAAUUUGUAAAGGACCUCCCAGAUUUUAAAACUCUGCAACAAGAGAUAGUCAAAAUCUACGAGAAGGAUAAGCAAGAAGCGGCAAAAUACAAAAAUGAUUUUAUCAGUAGGUCCUUGCUGAGAAUUAAUGACCAUGCGUAUGAAUUGUUGUGCAUCAAGAUAAUCCUUGACUGUUACUACCUGUACUACACCUAUAUUGAAGGGAUUCAAAGCAAAAUUCUCAGAAAGAAAGUUUUGCCACUACAGCUGAAAUUUUACAAAAUAAUUGAUAAAAUUGACCCAAAUUUGAUAUGAGACAUAAACGAAAUUUUCACUAGAAUGUCUACUAUAUCUCUUGCAAAGCAACUGCGAACCUUAGGAUGCCUCUACUUCGCCAAGCCGGCGGAUAUUAAGGACAUGUACUACUCAAAAUUGCAGAAAGAGUUGAGGAAGCUCAAGAAAGCUCAGAAAGAGUUCAGUGUUGCCCAGGUAUACUCUUAGACCACCAGCAAUUCCUAACUAUAAAUAGCAUUAAAACCCCUUAAAAGGAUGUGAAUGCCAAUUUAUAACUGAAGCCUUCAGAAUUCUUCCAUAUAAUAUUAAUAUUUUCAUAACCUUCAGGAAGCUAUUCAAAAGUGUUCAAC